GCCGAGGAUGGUCUCCGCCAAGCAGCUCGCGGACGCCGGGUACAAGGCCUUCUCCGGCUCCAUGAUGCUGCUGACGGUCUACGGGGGCUACCUGUGCAGCGCCAGAGUCUACCGGUACUUCCAGCGCUAGAGGGCCCUGCGGCAGCUCGAGCAGAGCCCGCCCGGCGCGGGGAUCGCCGAGGACUGACUCCCGCUCCCCGGCCGAGCGCGCCGAGAGACCGGCCCCGAGCUGCGAGUCCGCCUGCUGCGGAGAUCAGGUAGCAAGUGCGACCCGUCUACAUCCCAGAGGCGGGCCAGCGAGGAGCAUUCGGGGUCUUCCUCCCGCACACUCAGGGGUCUUGUUUCUCUGCCCUAGCGAGACGUUGCAAAGUAACUCGGUGUAAGCGUCUGUCAUCAUCAUGUGAUAAUUAAAUAUUCUACUUAUUUCUCCUCUUGUCAG